CAAGCGCUCGGAAAACGCGACGAGGUUGACGCCGGUGAGAGGUUCCAUGGAGCCGUGUAUUUUACAACGUGUGUGGAGACAUUGAAAGAAAAGUUGGUGUUCUUAGUCGUUCUUAGCCCGCGUUUUGUAACGUACUACUUAAUUCUUGCCGCUUUGCGACACUUUUCUCGCUGUUCUACGAAGCCCCGUGCGAGCAGAGAAAGUCCAGACGCGCACCGCUCUCGGCGCAUUCGCAAAGUGCUGCCUUGAUGCCAAGCUUAUUGAUUCGUUGAAGAAAAACGUUUGUCGUGCGAAAGUUACAGAAAUGGUUCGCUUGGGCCUGGUAGCGUGGUUCGCCGUAGUAGCUGCGAGCAGCGCAGUGUCGGCGACGUCAGAGUCCAGCAGCAGCGGCGGCAACAGCAAGCGGCUGCAGAUCGGCGUCAAGCGACGCGUCGAAAAGUGCGAAGCUCGGUCGCGCAAGGGUGACGUGCUGCACAUGCACUACCGCGGCACUCUCGAGGACGGCACUGAAUUCGACAGCAGCUACAACCGCGGCGAGCCGCUCACCUUCACGCUUGGCUCGGGGCAGGUCAUCCGAGGUUGGGACCAGGGACUGCUGGCAAUGUGUGUGGGAGAGAAACGCAAGCUGGUGAUACCACCUGACCUGGCGUACGGUUCCCGAGGUGCACCGCCCACUAUUCCAGGUGACGCAACACUGACGUUUGAGGUGGAGCUAGUCAAGAUAGACCGGAAGACGGAGCUGUGAGGAGCUCCGCCAGAAAAGCGAUGUCGAACGCCACGCCCUGUCCGUCGAUGGAGACACCUCGUGUGAGAACAUUGUUGGCUGCGUACAGACUUUGCAGUAGCAGGAACGUUCCAAUGGCCAGCAGUGCAAAUGCCGGCACGUCGUCCUGGAGCCACUCGUCGACGAGCAUCCAAAUCCCUCGCCAGACAGACACGCAGGCGUAGGUUGCUGCCAGGUGCCAGAGCUCCUCGAAUAGACGUUGCACCCAGCACAGGCCACUUGCCACUGAUAAAGAAAAAGCGGUGAUGGGAUUUUUUUUUCUGGUGCAUGACCGCAUUAAGACGCCCAGAAACCUCCAUAAUCAAUAAUUCCAUCCUUCGUAUAGAAUAAUUCAUCGUGAGGGGCUUAUUGGAUAUGGAAGUUGAGGGGCAUACAGGUUUUUGUUAAGAAAAGUCAAGAGAUCAGAAGAAAGGUGAGGUGUUGUGAUGCAAUACAGGUGCCUAAUUAUGAGCUAAGCUUUCAGUAGGAAAUGUCAGCUGUGCUUACUUUUCUGGUCUCUUCACUGCAAGUGCACAAAAGCCAUAGUAUUUGCUGUGCGCUUACUGCCAGGUUCCUGUGAUCCUUGAAGUCAGGGUCAGGCACCUUUUUUUUUUUUUUUUUUUGCAUUUUCUGCAAAAGUCGGCGCCCAGAUUCUGUUCACGUAAUUCCCAUUCUUCUUUUUCUUGUACUUUUCGCGUCAUUUCUGUCAUUUGGGACGUAGCUGCACCCCUGGCCAAGUUUCAUCGCUGCAUGCUAAGAUUGUCACUGCUGGUGGUGGAAUUAGGCUUUUAAUGGGACACUUCGGAAAGAGUAUGUGGUGGUUUAACGAGGCAGAAUGAGCACAUUCGCACUGGUUGUACAUUUCUUGCUUGUGAGUUCCUUAUUUUUUUGAACCUUCCUUGCAGUAUUGUUCUUUGUUAAAACAUGCCCAACCUUUUGUGUGUUUUUAGUUUGUCAUUGAUAUUUUGUGAUAUUGAGGGAUGCUAAAAUAAAUAUACCUGUUAGAUUUA